GAGAAGGGACGGAGGAGGAAUCGGGGGGAUGACUGCAUCAAAGGCAAAAAAAACAAACAAACAAAAAACAAAAAAGACCCCAACCAUGAGUCGUGUAAAUCACAGUGGUCACCGCUCUGUUCACAGUUUUCCGCAAUAAAUGACGAGCCGCCCCGGUAAGUGUAAGCUGGCUUGAGAGAGAGAGAGAUGUCAUCUCCGGGCAUGGGUACCCCCACCGACCCCCUCUUGGCCAGCCCAGGGGGGAGGUUAUCCACAGCUCAGGAAGGUAUCUGGAGGAGCUCGCUCCCCAAAACUGCCAGCUUCCCAACGUCCACCACCCGGCACCUCAGUCACCGCGCCAACAACUUCCAGAGACAGCCGAAGCGGCGGAAGUUGAUAAGACCCUCUCCGCCUCCACCGCCCAACACACCCUGUCCUCUGGACCAGCUGGACCUCAGUGAACUUCCUCCGAGACGCACCUUCCAUGAGCUGCUCUUCAAUGGCUGCAUCCUGUUUGGGAUUGAGUUCAGCUAUGCCAUGGAAACAGCUUAUGUGACGCCUGUGCUUCUACAGAUGGGCCUCCCCGAUCAGUUCUACAGCUUGGUUUGGUUUAUUAGCCCAAUACUUGGAUUCCUCGUUCAGCCUCUCAUUGGUGCCUGGAGUGAUCGAUGUACAUCACGGUUUGGGCGAAGGAGACCAUUCAUAUUUGCCUUGGCUAUAGGGGCUUUGCUUGGUCUAACCCUGGUGCUGAAUGGGCGAGACAUUGGAGGAGCUCUGGAUGACACAGCUUUAAAUCACAAGUGGGGGAUUGUCCUGACGAUAUGUGGUGUGGUCCUGAUGGACUUUAGUGCUGAUUCAGCCGACAAUCCAAGCCAUGCCUACAUGAUGGAUGUAUGCAGUCCAGAAGACCAGGAUCGGGGGCUGAACAUCCAUGCACUGCUGGCAGGACUAGGAGGUGGGUUUGGUUACAUCGUGGGUGGCAUCAACUGGGACCAGACACAGUUUGGAAGGUCGAUGGGAGGUCAACUGCGGGUUAUAUACCUGUUUACGAGCAUCACUUUGGUGAUCGCCACAGCCAUGACUCUGAUGAGUAUCCCUGAGCGGCCGCUACCAAAGAGCCAGCCAAACAAAAACUCCAAAAACCUUCUGAAGAGCCCCAGUCUUCCCCUCCCUCCCUCCCCUCCUGUCCGCCCAGGAUCCAAUUUGGGACUGGACGAAGAAGAUGAGGAUGGUCUUUACAGCUACAAUUUCACAAAAUCUCACCCUCCCGACCCUCUGGCCCAUUCUUGCAGUGCCAAUGCAUGCCUCUGUGCCGGCCUCAGUAGCCCCAUAUCACCACUGAGCCCCCUCACUCCAAAAUACGGCAGCUUCAUCAGUAGGGACAGCUCAUUAACUGGCAUCAAUGAGUUUGCCUCCUCAUUAGGAACCUCCUACAUAGACAGUGUGCUCAUAGACUGCUACACGGGUCAGCAGACACCACAAGCCCUUGCCCCGAAUUCCACCACUGCACCGUUGCCUCCAGGGGACUCCCCUCUUCCAGAGGGGUCCACACAGGGGACAGGGAGUCAUCCUGUAGGACAGACCCAGGCUGAGGUGGCGUCUCAUCCCGGCGCAGAAGCUCAGGAUGCCGAAGCGCCCCAGCCCGAGGGAGAUGCACAAUCUCAUGGAGCAUCUCAGGUCACAGCUGGAGGUCAGCCAGGUGUGGGGUCACACCGGGGCUCCGCCGCUGGUAUCCUGAAGAGACCCCAGAGUCUUGCACUAAUAGAGGAGCCCAUGGCAACGCAGGUUGUCGGGCUGGAGAACGGACGCAGAAGAACAGUGACCUUCAGCCAGCAGGUUGCAAACAUUUUGCUGAAUGGAGUGCGGUAUGAGAGUGAUCUGAGUGAGAAUGUGGAGACAGGAGAAUCCCAAAUGUCAAUGAAGCUGCUGUGUAUAGCCAUCUACAGGAUGCCUCCUUCCCUGCGGAGUUUAUGCACUAAUCAUUUUUUGGGCUGGCUGUCCUUUGAAGGCAUGCUGCUCUUCUACACCGACUUCAUGGGGGAGGUUGUGUUCAAAGGAGACCCCAAAGCACCCCACGACUCUGAGGCUUACCAACGCUACAAUGCUGGCGUUAGCAUGGGCUGCUGGGGCAUGUGCAUCUAUGCAUUCAGUGCUGCUUUCUACUCAGCCAUAUUGGAGAAACUAGAGGAGCGUUUCUCUCUUCGCACUCUGUAUUUUUUUGCCUACUUGGCGUUUGGUUUGGGCACAGGCCUUGCCACACUGUCCACCAACCUCUACGUGGUACUGUCCCUCUGUGUCACCUACGGGGUGCUCUUCUCCUCACUAUGCACGCUGCCUUACUCUCUGCUGUGUGAAUACUACCAGAGCCCUCAGUUUUGUGGCUCAUCAGAGGAAGGGACCAGACGAGGGAUGGGGGUGGACAUCUCUCUGCUCAGCUGCCAGUAUUUCCUGGCUCAGAUCCUGGUCUCUGUGGCGAUGGGACCUCUGACCUCAUUGGUGGGUGGGGCCCAGGGAGUGAUGUACUUUUCAAGCCUGAUGUCAUUCGUGGGCUGCCUGUACUCCUCCCUCUUCGUGGUGUACCAGCUGCCCCCCCCUGAGGGUGAGCCCACCGAUAGCGAGACCCAGCCACUAUUGGUGCACAUUUAGAGAAGCCUCUUAAUUUACCUCACAGUCACGCACACACACAUACGCACACACUCAAUGGCGCACGCUGUCGCUCUGUGUCUGAAUGUUGACCUUCCCAACACCGAUAGGACAGACGCACUGUACAUCCUGCCGCACACUGUACAGCACAACUCCAUAUAUUGUCUCACGCUAAUCAGCACUACUUUUCUCAGAGCUAGACAGACAGACAGACAUUGGCCACUGCUCUAAUCUGUGUAUACACAACCAGUGUGUUCAUACAGUGUGUGUGCCCAUGCAUUUUUUCCUAACAUUUCCUAAGGAGUGUGUGACCUUUUUGAGUUGAAGUGUGAGACUGGAUUUAUUUGUGCGUUUGAGAGAGAGUGUGCGAGUGACCUCUUUGAGUAUAGAUCCUGUGUCUGAUUCUUUGCUGUAAAAUCUUUCGUCCUCUUUUCUUGCUUGUUGAUAUUUAGUAUAGAAAUGUCAAUCACCACACACACACACACACACACACACACAGGCUAACCACAGCUUUCCCCUGUUUUCUUCCUUUUAUCAGUUGCCUAACGUCUGCAUGAGCUGCGCUGUAACCUCUCAAAGCCUUGUGUUUUGUUUCUGUCACACAGCCAAAGGGAAUGUCUACCUGCCUGUUUCUCUGAGUUAGCAAUAUUAGCAUCACACCCGAAGCAGGAUUUUCUGACUCAAUGAAUGUGCUGCCAGUGACCGCCCACCGUCAACAGUUCAUUUGAGAGAUCUUUCACAUUAAUUUAGCAUUGACAGCAUACACAUACACAUACACAAUAAUUAUGUAAAGGUGAAGAGUGCUUUAUGGCAGUUGCAGUCUUGAAGGGCUUCCCAUUUUUUAUUUUAACAGGCAAAAUAAACCAACAACACUUUUCCACACGAUCAUUCAGUCAUUCAGUGACGUAUCCCCAAAUUUUACAGUUUAGUGCUGGGUGAUGCUUAAUCAAGCCCCGAGUAUGAAUACAAUGACAAUUAAUUCCUUAAUCAGCACAGAGCCAUGACUAAUAGGAUGACACACGCUAACGCGCUUGUACACACAACUUUUAAAAAAACACAGAGAAAUGUGUACUGGUGGCAAAUUCUGUCUGGGCCCUCACUAAGCCAAGGACAGCUCAGUGAGCUGUCACCCUGCCCCUGGCCAUACCUUUGUAAUAAUGACAGUGAUUCUUGUCAUUAUCAGGAAGAGGAGAAGUUGAAACUGGGGUGUGAAUCAACAUUCAGUCGGAAACCGAACAAAACGGAAGAACAGAGAAGACUCAUGUGAACUAUGGGUAACCCUGAAGGUGGACAACAAUGAAAGAAAAGACUGGGGGAGGGGUUCAUAGAGCCAGCAGCAAGUACUUAUUGUCAUCAUUAGGACGCAUGCUUUAAGGUAGUAGGCUUCUGCUCCACCGCCCUCUGCCCAUCAACUCAGUGUAGUGAUCACUUAACAUUUGUUGGCAGCGUUUCUCACAGGAAACUUAAUUUCUUUUCCAUCCUAAAGAAGCCAUCUUCAUUAGCAGAAUAGUCCAUAUGAUUUAUUUUCUACAUGUUUUGUGCCAUGGCUAACUGCUUCGUCUGUUGGGCCCUCAGCAGACACCAGGUCUGAAUUCAGGGCUGUAACAUAAACUUUUGUAACAUGUUUUAAGCCUUUCAUUAUGAGGUUGACCGGCUCUCAACAUUAUGGUGCCAGCCAUAAUUGCUGCCUCUGCAGAAUGUCAAUAAUUGGCUUUUACAGCCUAAAGACUGACUGGAUGCACCAUGCUAAUGUUUCUGAGGAAACUGCAAUUGUAUGGAUCAUGCUGUUGCAGCUUGCUAUAUAAGAAAAACACAUUUUGAGUUGUUGUGUUCUAUGGUACCACCUAUUGCUCAAUACUAGCAGUGUUACUGUAAAAGCUACUUUUAUUCAGGGUUCUGUUCAAACUAAAAAGGAUUUUUGCCAUUUUA